GAACAAUUUAUUUUAUAGGAUUAUAUUAAUCACUUGAGUUCGCCGUCUUUGAUUCUUGAUUAAUAUGAAUAAGAUUGUUAUUUUGAUAAAAGUAAAAAAAAAAAAAAAAAGGAAAAUAGUAAUAACUCAGAUGGGAUUGUAAUGACAAUUCAAGCCGUCUCUCUGCCGUAACCACUUCACUUGGCUUUCACUAAACGCAAUUCUCCUCUCUUCCUUCCUUCCUUCUCCACGACGCAUCUCGCUCUUCCCCAUUUUCUCCCUUUCUGCUGCAUUCAAUCUCAGAUAUGAGUUUAGUCAAAGGUGUGAUAUUCGAUGAAUCAGUACUCUUUGUUGAAGGAGAUUUUGAUGAUAAAAAUGUAUCUUCACUAAAGCCAGGAGUUGAAUCUCUCAUCAAAACACUUUUUCUUUCCAAAAUUCAUAUCGGAAUCGCUUAUAGUAUCAAACUUCAACACGAUAAGGUCAGUAUUCUGAAAAGAAUAGCUAGUUUAUACUCACUCCAUUGCUUUAUCAUUAAUGAUCCUGUAAAUGAAGUUGUUUUGCCUCCAUGGUGUGAUAAUCAACCGGGAAGUAUAAUUUAUCUAGUUUCUAGCAAGAAAGAGUUCUUAUUAACGAAAUUUAGAAGCUAUAAUUGGUUGAUUGUUGUUCUAAAUGUUGGAGGUGAAAGUGGAAGUGAAAGUUCAUGUGACACUCUAAAUAUAGAAAAUUUGGAGGAGUUGCCAUUUACCAUUUGUCGGUUAAAUAAAAAGUUAACCGGGAAUAGUUUCUUGACUGUCGGUUAUGUAAUGAAGCCUUCGCGUGUUGAAGAUUUUGCAAAACGGGGUGCGUUUCCUUUGUGUCCUACACAAAAUGGGUUAAUGUUUGUGCCUCUUACGGCCAAGCUUCCUUUAUCGUCUCAAUUAAAGGAUGUUGACAUUGUCCUGCAUAAAGCCACUGAUGAAAUUGUAUCUGUUGAAGAGAAUAAAUUUACUUUUACGCAAAAUAUGCAAGAGCUGCAAAGAUAUUUGGAUCAGCAUCAGGAUUUAUGUGUGGUUGAUCCGCUGAUUAACAUUUUUCCUUUAUUGGAUCGGCUUGAAAUUCAACAAGUUCUACUUGGCUUGUUAGAAUUGAAUACUAAAGGUGGUUAUUUGAUUAGAGGGGCCCAUUUUCUUAAGGUUGAUAAUUUUAGGGAAGUUGAUUUUGCGGCUGGAUUAGCUGAUGCAGGACUCUCUCUUCCAUGUAUAGUGAAACCUAAAGUUGCUUGUGGUGUUGGUGAUGCUCAUAAGAUGGCAAUAAUUUUCAGAGUUGACGAUUUUAAAAAUUUAAACGUUCCUCUUCCAGCUGUUAUUCAGGAGUAUGUGGAUCAUUCAUCCACUUUGUACAAAUUCUAUGUCUUGGGCGAGAAAAUUUUCUAUGCUGUCAAAAAAUCAAUACCAAAUGCUGAUAUUUUGAUAAAAUCAUCUACUGGUAAUGAUCUCAAACCUCUAGAGUUUGAUAGCUUGAAAUCUCUACCAACCGCCGAAAGCGUCAUCGUGGAUUCUGGAGCCAGUAACAAGUCUAUUGACAUUAAGCUAGUUACAGAUGCUGCAAAUUGGCUUAGGAGAAGGCUUAAUCUCACAGUCUUUGGUUUUGAUGUUGUAAUUCAGGAAGGCACACAUGAUCAUGUGAUUGUGGAUGUAAACUACCUCCCAUCGUUUAAGGAAGUACCUGAUGACAUCUCUAUCCCUGCUUUCUGGGAAGCCAUUAGAAAUAAGUUUGGCAGUAUCGUUUCUAAAUAAGCAUGUGCUUGAAAUUUGUGACUAUGACAAGGAAUUUUGCAGUGAGUGGCAUCAGAUCUAUGAUCAAGUACCUGAUCUUAUCAUGCUAAAAAAUGAGGUUGAAUAACGGGAAGGGAUCCUCUCCUGUGUGGUUUUCACGGGAAGGAGUAAAGUUUGCAUCUUGGCCAUUCUUGCAACAACAAAAAAUUAUGUGGUUGAGAUUUAACUGGAGACACUGUAUACGGGAGAGGAUCUGUGCCGGUUGAAUAACCCUUUAUUGCAUGUUUGAAGUUUGAAAUAAUUAACACUUGUUAUUAUUAAUGCCAAUUCAAUGUAAUGCUUCUGCGAUGUGGUGUUAUAGUGCCUUGCAUGAAAAAUAAAUGAUGUGAAAUUUGUUGAAAUCAGAUUGUUAAAACUUUAUGGAUGUGAGGGUGAUGUGUUGUGUGUGAGUAUCUUAAGUAAAGGGCAUUUUAUUAUUGAAA